AUGAGCGCCUGGUGCUUCACCUCUGCUGUUUGGAGAUCAGGAUUCCAAAGAUACGUAUUACCGCGAAAUAUCCCGCACACUUUAUCUGUAUCCAAUAAAAUUUUUGGAAAUCAACCACUUGCAUACCCAUGUCUAGCUCAAACACGGUCGAUACAAAUUCUGCUCUCUAAACCUGAAGUGGAAAGUAAAGUUUUAGCUGUCUGUUCUGCGUUCGAUAAAAUCCAGUCCGAUAAGCUUACGCUUGAUUCUUCGUUUAUCAAAGAUCUCGGUCUUGAUAGUCUGGACCACAUAGAAGUAAUUAUGGAAAUCGAAAAUGAAUUCCGGUUUGAAAUAAGUGAUGUGGACGCCGAAAAAUUGCACACACCCCGUGAUAUUGUGGAACAUGUGUAUCAUUCGAUUAAAAAAGCAGAACCUUCAAAUUAA